ACACGUCGCCUUGACUAGGACACAUUUUUAUUUAGUGGAGUUUGAAAGGAAACCGAAGCGGAUUCAGGCAAUUGUCCUCAUCUUUUAGCCUCCUGGAGUCAUUUCAGUUAAUCUCGAAGUGUCAGCGAAACGUGUCCUGAAAUAAACAUGGCACUGCCGAAAUGGGAGAGAAAAGCGCGCAUAUUUCUAUGCGUUUUCGGUUUGUUUUUGUCUGUUUAUGCGCUUCACGUCGAGCUGUCCCGAGAGAGAAACCCAGAUUACAGGGCGAUGUGCGACCUCGGGGAGUCUGUGAGCUGCUCCAAAGUUUUUACCUCCAGAUGGGGACGUGGUUUUGGCUUGGUCCAGUUCUUUGUUGCCAAAGACAGCCCUCUGAACCAGCCCAACAGUGUGCUUGGCAUCAUAUUUUACACGCUGCAGAUGGGCCUUGGACUGUCUCUGUCCAAAAAAGCAGCCAUGUUUUUGGUCUUCUCCUCCUGGGUGUCUGUGGCCGGCUCACUCUAUCUUGCAGCUAUUCUCGCCUUUGUUCUGGGGGAUUUCUGCAUGGUCUGCGUGUCAACAUAUAUUAUCAACUUUGUGUUGCUCUUCACCAACCUGAAACGAAGGAGAGCAAUUGAAGCCAUGAAGGAAAAGGCUGGAUAGAAAAUGUCACUUGCGAAAUUCAACACCUUUUUCUUUUCUGCUGAGCUGAAGCCGCACAGGAUCUGAAAAGUAAAUUCUCUCCCACAGUAUUUCUGCAUUGUUUACACCCGUUAAGACUUUUUAGAGAAGCAGGACUGGAGAUGCAUCUCAGAAGAUGAUUUUUAGUGCAGAAACUUGGUAAAGCAGCAGUCGUUUUUGUGUAUCAGUGUGCAUUUAUGAUGUUACACAGUUUUGAAUUCUAUCUCUUGUCUCAUGUGAUCUAGGCCCGGCUUGUGAAGUCAACAAAAAUCCCAACAGUGGAAAUACACUAGUCUACAGUAAAUCACUAGGUGGUAAAUCAAUACAGUGCCAUGCACUUACUCAGUCUAACCAGUAGAUGGAGUUAAAUGCUCAGGGUUAUUAUGUAUUACAUGGUGAAUGUGGACAUGGGUCAAGAUUAGUGUUAUAUUUCCAGAACACACAGAAACUACAGUAUUCACACUACACGUAUGACUGAAACAAGAAAGGAUAAAACAAAAAGUAUUUUAUUUUCUCAACUUUACAAUGACAUGUCUUUUAAGCCAUACAUAAACCUAAAGGAAUAGUUAGGCCUUUUGAUAUAGCCCUGCUUUAAGAUGAAAGGCGCCUCAUAGAACUACAGACGGGGGGCAAAUUAAAGGAAAUUCCUGAAUAAAAGAGUGGAGAAACAUAUCAAAAGCAGAUGCUUCUGUGCACCGGGACUCACUAAAUGUUUUUUUGAGUAUGAAAAUGAUGUGAAUAAAAUGCUACAGCCUGUACAGUCACCAGAUCUCAACCCAGUUUCACACCAUUGUGUAAGACAAUGCUCUCCACCACCAUCUCCAUAACGCCAAAUGAUAUAAUCAGUGAGAUGACCUGAUUUAAAUAAAGCAGCACUGAAGCUGUUCUGGAGGUUCAUGGUAGCCUGACCUCCAUACUAAGACA